GGGACAUCGAAGGACGCACUGGAAUUUGGAGCAUGAGUCUCUUCUCUGUGAUCACAAGUCGCUUUAAAGAGUAAUACAAGGCCAAGUGAAUCUCGUCGCACCAUACCAUCAUGCCUCACCUCAGCAAGAAACAGGAAGCUUUGCAUGAAAUCGACAAUCGUAUCUCUAGUUUGUUACCUUACGUAUCCAACUCCCUCAUUCGACACCAAACCGGACUUCUUCUUUCCUUACGCAAAAUACACGAAAACAGCCGUUACUAUCAACGGAUUCCUCAUAGUUCUCAUUAUGAGAACCACGAUUAUCUUUUUCUGAGAUCCUCCCUUCUACCAUCUACCGAUGACAAGAUAAUCAAGACCCUACGUAUGAAUCGCGCAGAGUUCACGAGCCUUGUCGCUUUGUUCGGAGGUCACGAAAUUUUCAAGUCGCAGGGGAGGAAGCCUCAGGCACCGCCGGAGGUGCAGCUGGCGACAUGCAUCUACAGAAUGGCAGGAGGCGAGAGAAUGAGCACCGUGGAGAAUCAUUUUAACCUGUCUCAUGGCAGCGUAUCCCUCUAUACGGACCGAUCGUUAAUAGCCAUCGUAUCCUCUUUGAAGCAGUACGUUUUUUGGCCCUCUGAGGCAGAACGCGGUGUCCUUGCCCGUGAAUUGUACGCGCAAUAUGGAAUACCGUCAUGUAUCGGCUUCAUCGACGGAACCGAUAUUGUCUUGCACCAAGCACCAUCAAUUGGACGCGAAAAGGCACAUACUAUGCACAGCUACAAGGAAAGAUAUGGUUAUAAAAUGAUCGCUGUGGUCGAUCAUCUGAAGAGAUUUAGAUACGCCUGGUUCGGCUUCUCUGCAGCUACCAACGAUCAGAUGGCCCAAGAUCUCUCAGAUCUACACAGGAAUCCCCAUCGCUUCUUCUCUCCAAAGGAAUAUGUGUUGGGUGAUGCUGGUAUGAAAUCAUCAGACACAGUUAUACCUCUAUUCAAGCGAGAGAGAAGGAUGCAGGUCACAGUCGGACCCAAGGCCUACUUUAACCACAAAUGUGCCAAAGCUCGAGUGAUGAUUGAACAGGCAUUCGGUAUCCUAAAAAACCGAUGGCAAAUUUUACAAGAUUGUCGUCUUACUUGCCGGACAGUAACGGAUGAGGCUCGCCUUUACCUAGUCAUCCAAGCCUGCAUGGUUCUUCAUAACCUGUUGGUUGAGACUUGGAAGGAUUCGCUGACUACAUGUGAAGUGGAAGGGGUGAUGAAUAUCAAUGAAAGUGUCAUUAACAUUGGUGAUGAAGCAGGAAAUAGGAGGAGGGAUGAAAUUGUUGCGGAGAUGAUCAGAGAGGAAGUUCGUAGAGAUCCUGCUUUUGACGUUAAUGCAUAUGAAAUGUGAACUGCC